GUCACCAUAAAUACGACCAACAUCUUGACUGCUAUAGCUUAUAACGCCAAUUAAGAUUGGGGCACCUGCAUCUCGCACCAUCUGGCGAUACGCACCGUCGACGUACGGCAUCCCCGUGAAAGAAGUCUCGAAAAAACAGCAGCUCGCUUGGUUAUCGACAUUACAAGUACAAUCCAGAUAGAGGAGAGUGUAGCGAUACACCGACGCAACUAUGAAGUCACUCUUCUCUCGGUUAAAACAUCUGAACGACAAGGAGAAACCGAAUCCAUCGUCAAGAGGCAAAGAAAAAGAGAGACUGUCCAUUCUCAAACCUAGAUCCAGUAGUAGUGUCAGUGGUGCAACACCGCCAUUGCAAUCUCGAGAACAUAUAGAAGAACCACCAGAGGAGAUUCUGGUAGGCGACUUUGAAAAUCAAGUAACAGACGGGUUUACCUCUGGGCCUCCGGAUACGACUGAAGAAACAAGGAACCCGAUAGCCAAUGUAGAGCGGAAAGUAACAUUCAAAUCACCGCCUCCUACGCCUGCGGCUAGUGUCGCGUUGAACUCUCGCCUGGAGUCUACGUCGAAUCCACAAGAAGCGUUACCCAAGCGUAUCGAUUAUCGACCAGAUCCAAUAUCGCGAGCAAGCUCCUCUCGUCAAUCAUUUAUCCAUUCCUUCCCCCGCCCCUCAUCCUCUCGCAAGGCAUCACUUCCAUCGCCGUCACUUCGCGGAUCAUCGCAUACCAAACUUCACUCGGGUGUAUUCAGUCCAAGUCCUUCCGAAAUGAGCUUAGCUACUGGAAGCACUACUAGUUUCUUGCCUGUAGCAAACUCUUGGAGCGAGAUGACAGACCCAGAUUUAGUAGAUAAUAUUGGAAUGCAAGAACGCACCAGGCAAGAGGUGUUAUGGGAGAUUGUCAGCAGUGAAGAAAGAUACUUGAACGAUUUACUAGCUAUAAACGAAGCAUUCUGCAAGCCCCUUGUACAUUCCUCCACCUCUCCCCGCCUCGAUUUUUUCGAUCCUUUCCACCCUCUUGCCCACACAAGGUCGGCCACAUCCCCUACUUCUUCAUCUUACGCACCUUCAAUCGACGGAUCUUCUAUCCAUUUGCCGAUCGCUUCAAAAUUUGCUUCCACAGCCCCCCAAUUCAGAUCACCGUCAGAUAGUUCGACAAGUUCCGCUGCGCCAUUAACACCCAAUGAAGAUUUGCUAGGUUUCGGAUUUUGCUCUGCGCCUUCACUGGGUGCUGGUCUUGGAUUUAACUCUUUAAAUUCAAACUCGGCAAGGUUGACAGUAUCCAACACAUUCACCAGUGCGGAAAAUCGGCUCUUGGAAAAAGCAAGCACGAUGUCGUUGAAACAUCAGUCAUUACCUCCUCUCCCAAGAGCACCUUCCAGCGCACCCUCUCGCGCUCCCAGUGCUGUUUCACGCAAAUCAUUUCACAAGGUGUCUAAACACCCUAGAACCUCGUCAUCCGAUAUCCCCAGCAGAGAAGAUGUGGAAUUACCGGAAGAUCUGGCUUUGGUCCUCAAAGCGAUAAAUAGUGGGAUACUGGAAGGACACUUGAAGUUGACCGCGGCAUUAAGAAGGAGAUAUGAUGAGCAGUACCCCCUUGUCAGAAGCCUGGCAGAUAUUUUCAUCGCACAUUCGUACGUGUUACGAGAAUACAGCAUCUACGUCCUCCACCUCGAGAAAGCCUUACAACAAGUGACCCACGCCCUCUCCCACCCUAACCCUCCCCCACCCACCUCAUUCUCCAAAGCCAAACGCGCCUCUUUCCCCUCCGCGCGAUCCUCUUCCGCCCGCCAUCCUAGCGCUCUGACAGCUUAUCUCACCCACCUCGAAUCCCUCGCACUCGCCUCUGGCUCACCAGGUUUACUCAUCUCGCUGUCUAAACCUUUUCAACGGCUGCUCAAGUACCCGCUCAUGUUCCAAAACCUAUUAUAUCAUACUGAUCCUAGUUUGAAAGAGUACGAGAAGACAGCGGAGAUGGUUGAGGAGAUUGAGGGAGUGAUGAGGGCUUUAGAAGAUGAGAAGGUUGGAGAGGAGGAACGCGAGGGAACAAGGGAUAUUUGGGGGAGGAUUGCAGGGUUAGAUGGUGACAAAGUGUUGUUAGUCCCGAAAUCCAACCGUCUUUUGAUUAGCGAAACACCCGUCUCCGAAGUAUCCUCAUCAACUGCCAACCUCCGUUUAUCCACCGACCCGCCUAACUCCAGUGACUGCGCAAAGCCGGUGCGACCAAAGAAAAGCUCACGUAAACUGAGCGACAUCCUCAAAGGUCAAGGGGGGGGUAAAGAUGAACUUUGGGUUGUGAAAUUCACAGAUAUGUCUCUUCUCUGUGCCAAGACGGGGACAACGACCCUGCCAUUGUCAGUAUCUCCAAAGAACGGUGAGAAGAGGAGCGGGAAUGGAGCUGGGCGGAAGGGAGGGGGAAGAGAGAGGAACAUGUAUAAAUUCGUGAGAGUUUGGGCGUGGCAUAUGGAUGAAGAUGAGGGAAAAGAGCAGGGCAGGAAGAGUGCGAUCGCCCAAAAUGGUUCUCCCCGGACAUCACUCUCAUCAAGAGCACAUACCCUCCCCACAAUCCCCGGUACCCCGCACAACCACUUCGCCUCAGGACGUGUCCAAGCACAAACCCAUCAUUGCUCGGGACCCUCCAAAUUGACUCCUUCCAAAGUUCGUUCCAUGGGUGACCUCUCCCCCCCACAGUAUGACAAGUCGCUUGGGCUGGAUGGUCUGAGAGGGUUUGCCAGACGCUCAAAGUCUUUUGGGCCGACACAAAAACGGCUCGGGGAAGGUGGUGAAGGUAGUGAAGGUGAAGAGAAAGAGGAUGACGAUGACGAGGAGACCGUGAUGAGCUUCGUGUUUGGUGAUGGAGAUAUAUUGAUACCUGCCGAGCCGAGGCCGAGGAAGAAGGUCGUACCCAAAAACGCACGCGAUCGAAGAGUGUCUGGUGUGGCCGGUUCUGGUUUAUCAAGGCUAGACAAUACCAAGGGAGAGAGUGACAGCAGACCAGUCUCCAGGAUGAGCGGUGUAGCAUUGUCGAGUGCGAGCGGCAAUGCAAAUGUAAAGACAGCGACAUCCGUUAGACCGCGACCCUCAGCUCUGCGUUCGUCUACCCUUCCUCCGGCGACUGACUCUUCCGCAUCCACCUCUGAUCCAGCUAUCGCCUCAACCACCACUACCGCCGCCAUUACUCGACGACACCAACCUCGAGCUGUCAGUCUCGCCACCACCACAGCCUCUGCCAACGCCAAGUUCGCCAACCGUCUCCGGUCGUUACCAGCCGACAGAGAUGCGGAAGGGGCGUACGUGUCAGAAGGGGAGAGUGUCGUGAGAAGAGGAGUAGGGAGGGGAAGUAUGCCGCCUGUGAUGGCGAGAGCCGGGUCUGCUGCGUCAAAUGUUUCGGCAGCUUCGAGAUUAUCAGGCCCCGCUUCAGUUAAAGGGCCACCAGUUAUGGGGUCGCAGCCGAUGAAUCGGGCGAUAAGUCAUGUGACCAAUCGUGGCAAUGAUAAUAAGAAGGAAGGGAAUGAAACGAUUAGAGUCAGGUCGUCUUCUUCGGCUAGGCAGAGACCUUGGAGUACUACCCUUUCAUCCGGUGACGCCAUUGCCUCUGGGACGAGUGCCGCGGUGUCCAAAAGAGCCUCCACGCCCGCUUCGGCUGUCAGUAUGACCAUUGGCAGACGUUCCAUCACUCCUCUCAGUGCCACAUCACCUACUGUCACUGCCCACCCUAUAAAGACAGCCGCUUCUGUCACUGCUCACGCGACCAAGACAGGCGCUCCUGUCACAGCAUCUACCAUUUCCACCCGUGCAAGCUCAAGAAUGAAACCUGGUGUCGGCAGAGGUAGAAUGUCUACGCCUCCUAGUACCGUCGCUAAUGCCAACACGGAUUCUGCUGCAUCCGGUAAUACCGGUGCAAGAGCAGGAAUCAGUGCGGCAACGGCGGCUAGACGGGCGAGGGUGUCGAGUUUGGGUCCGAGAACUAGUACUGGGACAUUGACGCCGUCGUUGAAAGCCAAUCCUGGUGCUGCCGCCAAGGCAGCUGUCAAACCGAACACAACUGCCUCAGCCGAAAGUAAACCUGCCUCAGCCGAGAGUAAACCUGCCCCUGCCUCUACGCUUCGUCUCGCCCCCAAGCCUACUAUCACUAAUGGACGAGCUACCUCGGCCACUGGCGUCAAACCCAUUAUCCGAGCAAAGGGCACCCCAAGCCCCAGCCCCAGCCCCAGCGUGAGGACUACUGCGAGUACCUGCACGCGGACCAGUACUCGCACGCCCCAGCGCAAAGGGAUCCCCACUAUGUCAAGUAUGGAUACUGCUCUUGUUGAAGUGUGGAAGGAGUAUGGGAAUGUAGAUAUCGACAAAUUGGGCAGCUCGACACCGGGGAAAGCGGUACCCAAGGAGAAGGCGGAAACGCCUGAAUCUGUCAAGGCGCCUGCAGGAGUGAGGAGAGUGCCAGCAGUUGGUGGAGGCGGGAGGGCAAGCGGACUGGACAAGAGUCCUGUAAAGACGCCAGGAUCUGUAAGAAAUAAGGCUGCGCCCGUAAGAGGGAGAAUUGGAGAGAUGACUAAAAGGAGGGAUGUUGGGAAAAAGAUAUGAUGAGCAUUAACGAUUUUUACGACUUGCUACGAUGUGAAAUAUCAUUCUUGUAUGUAGACUGUAAGAUAGAUUACCUUUGUCUACGUAUAAUGCG